GAUCCUAUUCACGGCACUAACGUCGCAUCCAAUCCGCAGUCCCUCUUAUAAUACACCUCCUCAAACUCGGUUCAGUCUAAAAAGUCACUGCAAUGGCAUACUCGAACACAGGAGGUCCAUAUAACAUGCAGCCGGUAUCGACGCCAUACCGUGACAUUCCAAACGCGGGAUCAAACCCAGAUUUGCAGGAUUAUUACGACGAAUCUGGUAUACCCCCUCCCCAUCGCCUGUCAGGCAUCCACGCUCAUUCUCCAUUCGAUUCCACAAACGACGUUUCUCAGACCGCUGGACAAACCGCACCUGUUUCGGCACCAUUCCUACAAGCAAACCAAGCUAACUAUUCCGCCAUGCCAACCGCUGCCGCCAGAAGCUACGAAAACCUGGAUGCCCCACCAAAUAACCAGUGGCUAGAGAAACAACCACAGUCGCAGGGCAGCCGACGGGCGAAAUGGAUUGUCGCCGGUUCUCUUAUCGGCCUCGCUGCUCUUAUUGCCAUCGGUGUCGCUCUUGGCGUCACGCUUUCAAAAAAACACUCUUCCAACAGCUCCGCCCCCAGUGGCACCAACCCCAACACUCCCAAUAACUUCCCGAAGAAUAAUGCACUGAUACAGUCAUUCUACGGUCUCGCGUACACUCCGUUGGGGUCACAGCUACCCGACUGUGGUAAUUCUAUAGACGAGGUUAUUGAAGAUAUCCAGCUCAUGUCACAACUCACUACAAGAAUUCGUCUGUACGGCGCUGACUGCAACCAGUCAUCACUUGUGCUUUCGGCCAUUCAACAAACUCAAGUAAACAUGAGUGUAUACCUUGGUAAUUACCCCUCAGCCACUGACAACGGCACGGCAUACGAAAGGCAGCGUGGCGAGAUUCAGGUUGCCCUCCAGAACUAUGGUGCCAACAAUGUUGCUGGUGUCACAGUUGGUAACGAGUUUGUCCUUGAUUAUGUCACCGGUCAAGGCCAAAGUGACCCCAACGGACCUGCUGGAGAUGAAGCCGCUGCUAUGCUUAUCCCUUGGAUCAACGAUACCCGAUCGAUGCUCGCAGAUUUGAACCUGGGCAAGACCAUUCCCGUUGGCAACUCAGACGCCGGCAGUUACUUCAAUACCAAAGUCCUUGAAGCUGUUGACUAUGGAAUGUCUAAUGUACACCCCUGGUUUGCUAACCAAUCUAUCCAAGAUGCUGCCGGAUGGACGGCCGACUUUUUCAAUACCACAAAUGUGCAACCCGCUGCACUACUUGCCAAUGACCCGAAGAUGUACAUCGCCGAAACCGGUUGGCCAACGGACACUUCAGAAUUGAACGCUAACCCGAACGAUGGUCCUUCGAUUGCUUCAGCGGGAAAUCUUCAGAUCUUCUUGAAUACUUUUGUGUGCGCAGGUAACGCGAACAGUACUGGCUACUUCUUUUUCGAAUUUUCUGAUGAGCCCUGGAAGGCCACAGAGUACGGCGGCGUGGAGGGUUACUGGGGUCUGUUCAAUUCGAACAAAACUCUCAAACCGAUAAACAUCCCAAACUGCAACACUACUUCUACCUAAGUGGAAACGCAUGGAACAAAAUCUGGUUUCUACUAUAUCCCAAGCUGCUUUCGACACUUUCUUGCCUCUCGUUCUCUGUCAGUUUGAAUAUCUUGCGGACCAUUUCAACUCUACAUAUACAUUUGCCUCGUACGUUGAGUAGUAGAUAGCGGCUUUCUCGGUUGUGUUGUGAUAUGAGAAUGGAGGUGUGUUUCGGACUAUGGACUUGUGUUAAUUAUACAAUGUGGAUUGAAUGCAUUUCGUGCUUGGGGAGGAGUACACACACUAAGUACU